AUGGCCCUGCCUCUGCCCUUAGGCCUGGUGCCUUCGGAGGUGGCGUUUCUGUGCGAAAUGGAGCUCGUCACGGUCGUUCCACGACAGCGGCUCGAGAGCAUUGAGCUCCUCUCGGGCUCGACUCCCAGACUCCGUCCGCCUCAUCGAGCUGAUCUGCCCUUCUGGCUUGCCAUCCUCCUCAAGAAGCAGCGACGCGCCAACAUCGUGCCCCCUGCAUGGCUCCAUCCCGAAUCCCUUCGCGAAAUCGUCGCAUACGAGACCGCUGUCGACGUCAAGGAUUGGGCUCCCCCUCCGCCGCCGCCUGUCCGAGCCGAUGGCAGAGGCAAUUCUACAAGACUCAACCCCUACGGAGACGACGUGAUACUGUCGCCGCCGUUUCUGCCGUCUUGCACUUCCUCAGCUCCGGCCGGAGCACUGCCCUACCAUUGGUUCGAAUUCGCCGAGAUGCUCCUCGCACAUGCUAGCGACGAUAUUCCAUCCGCUUCUGAAGUCCGCUCCCUCUUACGAGAUCUACAAGAAGCCCGAGCUGCCAAGAUGAGAUCCAAAGUCACACAUCCUGAGAGCCACGGCGAAGGCGUUACGAGUCUGCGAGGUGUUGGAGCCAUGGAGCUGGCUGAGAGCAGGGGGUUUGUCACUGGAGUGGCCGAGGGCAUUCGCAAAAUCGGUGCAAGCACUGAAACCAUGCGCCGUGAAGAGGAAGAGGAGAAUGGCCAGGAUAUGGAUGACGAUCUAAGCGACGACGACAUGGGACUUUAA